AUGACUCUUCCACGCAAUGCUGGCGGCUUAGGUUUUCGAGAGAUAGAACAAUUUAAUGAUGCUCUGCUUGCAAAGUUAGCGUGGCGAAUCCUCAAGACUCCCGACUCUCUCCUGGCUCAAACUUUGCUGGGUAAAUACUGUCAUUCAACCCCCUUCCUUGCCUCACACGCACCAAGCAACUCCUCCCAUGGCUGGAGAGGGAUCUUGGCAGGUAGAGAAGUGCUUCUGAAAGGCUUAGGCUGGGUGGUGGGAUCGGUACGCAGACUGAAUGUGGAAGCUAUAAGACAACAUCUACCUCAGUAUGAGGAUCUGAUUCGAGCCAUACCCCUAAGCCAAUACUCGAUGCAAGAUGAGCUAGUAUGGCUGCCUGAUAAAACGGGUACUUACACAACUAAGACUGGCUAUGCUCUCUGUAAGAUCAACGUCGAGGAUACUGAUAUCAAUUUCAACUGGAAGAAGCUUAUAUGGGGAGUCAAAACCACACCAAAGCUCAAACACUUUCUCUGGAAAGUAAAAAAUAAAGCUAUUCCAGUGGGGGAGAACUUACUCAGAAGAGGAAUUGAAGUGGAAGGGCGCUGUAAAAGAUGUGGAAUUCUUGAAACAGACAGACAUUUAUUCUCCCAGUGCCCCUUUGCCAUCCGAGUGUGGAACUUGAUCCUUGCCGUACUGAAACCGAACCCAAACUCUAUCUCUACACCAGCCUCUUUGCUUACUGCUUGUCACCGCAUGAUAAACCUCCCCCCAUCUGGAUUGAGCUCCACUGAUCUCUUCCCAUGGGUUCUAUGGUAUCUUUGGAUAGCAAGAAACAAACUGGUGUUUGAAAAUUUGAUUUUGUCUGAGCAGGAGGUGGCCACUCUAGCAAUCAAAGAAGCGCGAACCUGGCAAGCAGCUCAAGCUGUAGUAACAAAGCCAACCCUAGUACCGGCCUCAACUAGAAUACCACGAGCCUGUGGAAGCUUACAAACCGUGGAAUGUUUCGUUGAUGCUGCUUGGAACACAACCACAAGAGGAGGAGGCUUCGGUUGCAUCUUCAAGGAUCCUGUCAACAAGCGUACCUAUCACCAAAAGUCUGCAAAUCGCUGCUUUGUCGGCUCUGCCUUUAUAGCAGAAGCUAUAGCGAUUAAAACUGCUUUCUCUGAGGCAGUCACUCUGGGAUUACGAACGCUGAUCAUUCGGUCAGAUUCACUGUCCCUCAUCUCCACCAUCACAAGCAAGAAGAAAUCCAUCGAAGCACAGGGUGUCCUCUUUGACAUAGAGCACCUAUGUUCUUUCUUUCAUUCUGUCUCUUUCUAUUUUGUACCAAGGCUAAACAAUACUGAAGCUGAUGCUUUAGCUAAAAUCAGCCUGUUGAACCUUGUUAACUCUGUUUGA